CUUCCUGCCACUAUGAAGGUCCGCAGAGGGAGGCGAGAGCCCAUUCUGAGCACUAGCUUAGGACCCUGAAGCCUGGGACCCCGCAGCUGGGCGGAGAGACGCUAAGCAUGUCCCUGGCUGAGGCCAUCAGACUCUGGAAUGAAGGGGUGCUGGCAGCCGACAAGAAGGACUGGAAGGGUGCUCUGGAGGCCUUCAGCGAGGUGCAGGACCCCCACUCGAGGAUUUGCUUCAACAUAGGCUGCAUGCAUACCAUCCUGGAAGACAUGCCGGCAGCCGAGCAGGCCUUCACCAAAAGCAUCAACAGAGACAAGCACUUGGCAGUGGCCUACUUCCAACGAGGAAUGCUCUACUACAGCAUGGAGAAAUAUGACUUAGCUAUCAAAGACCUCAAAGAGGCCUUGACUCAGCUUCGAGGGAAUCAGCUGAUAGACUACAAGAUCCUGGGGCUGCAGUUCAAGCUGUUUGCCUGUGAGGUGCUGUAUAACAUCGCCUUCAUGCACGCCAAGAAAGAGGAAUGGAAAAAGGCGGAAGAACAGUUAGCAUUGGCGACAAACAUGAAGUCAGAACCCAGGCAUUCCAAAAUCGACAAGGCCAUGGAAAGCAUCUGGAAGCAGAAACUGUUCGAGCCUGUGGUGAUCCCUGUGGGUAGGCUCUUCCGGCCAAAUGAGAGGCAGGUGGCUCAGCUGGCCAAGAAGGACUAUCUGGGCAAAGCUACGGUUGUAGCAUCUGUGGUUCAUCAAGACAACUUUUCUGGCUUUGCCCCUCUGCAACCACAGGCAGCGGAGCCUCCACCCAGACCCAAAACCCCAGAGAUCUUCAGGGCUCUGGAAGGCGAGGCACAUCGAGUGUUGUUUGGCUUUGUGCCUGAGACACCAGAAGAGCUCCAGGUCAUGCCAGGGAACAUCGUCUUUGUCUUGAAGAAGGGCAGUGAUAACUGGGCCACGGUCAUGUUCAAUGGACAGAAGGGGCUUGUCCCUUGCAACUACCUGGAACCAGUGGAACUUCGGAUCCAUCCUCAGCCGCAGCCCCAGGAGGACACCUCCCUGGAAUCUGACAUUCCACCCCCUCCUAGUUCCAGCGCCCCAGCAAGAUCCCAGUUGUCACCAGGUCACAAGCAAAAGGAAGAGCCCAAGGAAGUGAAGCUCAACGUGCCCAUGCCCUACAUGCUCAAGGUGCAUUACAAAUACACAGUGGUCAUGGAGACUCAGCUUGGCCUUCCCUACAGCCAGCUUCGGGACAUGGUGGCUAAGAAACUGGUACUCUUGCCAGAACACACCAGACUGAGCUACCUGCCUCGGGACAGCUCCGAGCUUCAGCUCCUGUCCGAAGAAACCAUGAAGGAUGCCUGGGGCCAAGUGAAAAACUACUGCCUGACUCUUUGGUGUGAGCACACGGUGGGUGAUCAAGGUUUGGUAGAUGAACUGAAGGAAAGUGAAAACUCAAAUGCCAAUACCCGGACAGCAGAGCCUCAGCCUAAGGAAGGAAGCCAAGUGGUAGCAAUCUUCAGUUAUGAGGGUACUCAGCCGGAAGACCUGGAGUUUGUGAAAGGAGAUGUAAUCCUGGUGUUAUCACAUGUGAAUGAAGAAUGGUUAGAAGGGGAGUGUAAAGGCAAAGUUGGCAUUUUCCCCAAAGCUUUUGUUGAAGAAUGCGCAGCCAAGGAGCUGGAAGGCGCUCCCGGAGAAGUCUAGGAUGCUCCACAACCUAUGAAGCUCAAACAAAGUGCUGUUUUUCCAGACUUGCCCAUCUCUGCUGUGAGCUAUACAGACACAUUUGGAAAUAUUCUCGAACCACAUUUCCCCAUAUAAACUGAACCCGUCACACAGUAAUAUGAGAAUCUGGAUGAAGAUUUCCUUGUAGAAGAGAAGAGGGAGAUGAAUUCUCUGGAAGGGGAAUGGAGGGGUCUUCUUAGGUGCUGGCUCCCUACCUGUGAACUUCAUGAGAAUUCCUGGAGCAGAAUGUCAAUGGGUACACCCGUUAUGAAAAUAGAGCAGGACACCCAGUGUCCAGGCCCAAAAGCUGAGUGGGAAUUCUCCCUGGACCUUAAGAGUUUGGGUUCCAGAAGCUUAAAGCAAAUUUACUUGUAAUUCAAAAGGCACACACACAGUUAACUCAUUAAAAAACAAGCUUAGGUUUCAUUAAAAAGAAGCUAGGCAGAAUCAGGUACCCUGAUUCAAUCCCAAGAAUUAAACUCUUAGGAUGAUAGCUCUUCGUGCCUUGUCAGAUGGACAUCUAUUAUUAAGAGUUUAAUAGUGAACAUAUGCCACCAGUACUUGAGUGAUGAAAAGCUGUGUUCAGGAGGCAGCCUGCAGCCCAUUAAGAGAGACAUUCUGCUGCUUUACAUAUAUUAUUCAAGACUAACCCACAUGAUAAAAUUCAUGCCAUUUUGGUGGUCCUUCAGGUAACCUGGGAACAAAGACCACUGAGCACCUUGGGACCUUACUGUCCUGCCAUAUGGUUUUGCUAACUGCUUUUCAAGUUUGUAGGUGCAAGUGAAAAGCAGGUAGGAAAUGAGGGGUUG